ACAAGUUUUAUUUUAUUUUUUAUUUUUUAUUUUUUAUUUUAUUUUGGUAAACCUUCAGCGUAAAAGAAAUAGAGCAUUGAUGCUAUGCUGCUUACAGAUCUUAGAAUUUCCAUGGUUUCCAGAAAGGGUUCCUUGGGUCCGUUAUCUUGGGACAUACAAGGAUCUUAGUAUAAACUUGAUUUGGCCUGGAAAAGAUCCAGCUACAGGGGUUGAUAGUAUAGGCACAAUACCAUCUGCUCUUGUAACAUAUGCUGCUAUUCAAGCAUUACAACCGGACUUGAUCAUCAAUGCAGGCACUACUGGUGGCUUCAAGGCCAAAGGAGCUAGUAUUGGGGAUAUUUUUAUUAUAUCAGAUUGUGCUUUUCAUGACAGAAGAAUCCCAAUACCUGGUUUUGAUCUGUAUGGAGUUGGUUUACGUAAAGCCUUUGAUACACCGAACCUUACAAAGGAGCUGAAUCUAAAGGUGGGUAGAUUGUCUACUGGUGACUCUUUAGACAUGGCACUGCAGGAUGAAUCAUUAAUCAAGGCAAAUGAUGCCACAGUUAUAGAUAUGGAGGGAGCAGCUAUUGCUUAUGUUGCUGACCUUCUGAAAGUUCCUGCAAUUUUUGUAAAAGCUGUAACUAAUAUCGUUGAUGGUGACAAACCGAUUGUAGAAGAAUUCCUGGAGAAUUUGGCAGCAGUAGCUGAUGCACUUGACCCUGCUGUUGAACAAAUUGUUAAAUUUAUUAAUGGAAAAUCCGUAUCUGAACUUUGACAAGCAAAUUUCACCUUCCAAGUCCUUGUAUAUUCAAUUAUGGUAGGCUCCAGCUAGAACACUAUCAUUAUUGAUUUGGAAUUUGUUUGAAACUUAAGAAAAAUUAAACCCAGUAUAAACUGAAGAUAUUGCAAACCUUC